GGCAUAACUCCCUUCGAAAAAAGGAACAAAAGAGCAGUCCGCAGAAGGGAAAAUCGCUUGCCCCUCACAACAACCAACAAACAACAACCGCAAACAGGUGAUAACAAGGGACUGCUAAACGGCGUCCACCCCCCCUUGUCCAUCGCAGGUUUACAAACAAGCUUAUCCGUACUUAGGUUCCGUCUUGCGCGUCAAGAGUCACCAGAGUCACCUCCGCAUUACUAAUUGCCAAGGUGGACAAUCCCUUUGUUCCCCCCAUCGCCCGACCCAAACCCGGCCGGAGCCUCCAAGACCGUGCUCGGAAAUAGGUCGACCUAUCUUGCUUACAAGUGUUAUAUAGUUUCGGAGCACGCAUCUUGCAUUCCCACGGACGCAUCACUGAAAUACAAUACUGAAAUACAAGCUAAAACCGAACAACGCACGCACGCAGUCAUGCUGGAUAUUGUCAGACGUCAACUGCGUCGCUUCGUCCGACGCAACAACAAGACGACUCCGCGCGCUGGACGCGGUGGUCGAGGAGAUGAGGACGACAACGACGAGAUGGAAGCUCGUAUCCGUGCGCUGCAACAAAAGGGAGAACUCGAUACUUAUGUACGGGGGCUGGAGGUGUUGGAGGACGGCGAGACCAUCGUCUACUACGACGACGCUGGGGAGAUGACCGUCGAGACUAUAAGCGACGCGCACUCCAUCGCAACAGGGAUAACCGUCGAAUCACCAACGUCAGAAGGUGACGAGCCCAGUUUCAAUAGCAUCUCCCCAGCAGCAGAGGUGGAGAACCGGUCUAUUCGGACCCAGCGAUCGUUCUUGAGCUUUGCAGGCUUCGAUACGGAUUUCAGGAGACGGAAUCGAGCUGGAAGCGAAGGGCCAGCAUCGUUGCGCGCGGCUCCUUCCUCCUCUUCCUGUUGUGGCGCUAUCAGCGAAGGAAACACUCUGGACGUUGGCGCUGCUGCUCUCGCCCCCCGACGAAGCUCGUUUGCAGUGGGAGAACGCAGACGAUCCCGAGCCACACUGAGCCCGUGCGACAUACUCGCUCCCGAACCGAUCUUUGCUGAAACAUGCCCGAUCAGCCCAACAAUAACAGAAAACGCAGACAGCGACAUCACCCCGACAUCCCCAUCAGGAAACUCACGCCAACGCCUGCGCCAACGUCCAUCCCUCCUCUCACUCGCCUCCUCCAUCGCAAGCGCUUCAUCCUCCAUCCGUUCCUAUCACUCCUCCUCAUCGCGCCGCGACGAAUCCCACACAUCUCCAAGUUCAGCCACAACCCUCCUCCGCCCUCCAUCCCCCUCCCGCCGCCGAGGGAGCCGCUCGCGAUCCCCACAUCCCUCACAUUCCCACUCAGCCCCACCAGCAGCCCUCGGCGCGCACACAAUGACCUCCUUCGACCCCACCCCCGUCUACCAACAAACGGAAGCGCCGCAAACCUCCUGGUCGCUGCUCCCACCCGCCUACACAAUCAUCAAGGAAGUCGAAACGACCUACGUGCUCGUAGCCUCCAUCCCCGUCGGCACGCUCACCACGGACAGCUUCCAGGUGUACGUCUUUGACGAGUCGAGGGAGAUUGGGUUUGGAGGCACUGAUGCGCAGAUGGGGACUAGGGUCAAGAUGCCCGGUGAUGCGAACCUGGCGAGGAUCAAUGCGGCCGUGAGAGAUUCGACGCUGACGGUUACCGUGCCGAAGUUACCGUUUUCGGUCGAGGCAUCAUGAGAUGCUCUUGCUUUUGCAACACCGCAAGCAAGGAAGAUACUAGUUGUUCGAAAACCUCAUUCUAUGUAAAAGACACGCGCCGGAUCCUGUCCACCACUUGAGGUUUGAGCCGCCAAACCUCGUAACCCGCAACGUCCGCAACACGCCAAGACGCCUGAGCUUUAACCCUCGCCAAGUUGCGCGAUCCCACUAGCUUACUAGGGUAACGCUCUACCUCUAUCGCUAUCCUCUUAUCUAUUCCCCCUCCCUCAAACCUUGUAUCGCCCACCGGCUCCCAUAUUCCAGGCGCGUGAAUUGUCCGCGGCUUUUUGUUAAUUGUACAUUUAUAUACCCGUUUCCUUAUGAAAAGCGCUAUUUCUGUGAU